AUGGUUGCCCUCGCCGGUUGCGCCCUCGCCGAUGGUACCGUCAACACGGCCGUCACCGCCGACGGCGAGCGCAUCAUCGCCGGCUACCUCCCCUCGGUCCCUCUCAGCGUAGUCGGCCUCGCCUUCUUCGGCCUGUCAACCGCCGUUCUAUGGACCCACUUCUUCAGAUCGACACACGCGCGUUACAUGCUCACGCUUGCCAUUGGGAUGUUGUGCAUGACGCUAGGCUUCGUCUUCCGGAUCCUUUACCACAGCAAUCCCUCGACGUUGGGCAUGUACAUCUUGCAGACGAUGUUCAUUCUACUCUCGCCCUGCGCCUUCCUCGCCAUGGACUACCAGCUCCUCGGACGACUCGCGCGAGCGCUGGGCGACGAGGCGACUGAGGCCCUCUUCAUCCGCCCGACACGCAUCAGCAAGCUCUUCAUCACGUCGGACGUCAUUACGUUCUUCCUCCAAGCGUCGGGAGGAGGCAUGUCGGCCGGCGACAGCGACGGUAUGCGCAAAUUGGGACCCAAGAUCGCACUCGUCGGCCUCAUCCUUCAGCUCGUCUCGUUCGGCAUCUUCACCCUCCUCCUCCUCGUCUGGGGCUUGCGCGUUCGGAAGCGCCUCCCUCGCCCAAUCCCUCGCUUCCGUUUCAGCGCCUACAGCGUCUUUUCGAAGGAGCCCGUUGAGGACUGGCGCCCGCUUUUCUGGGUCAUGUGCUUGACUUGCGUCGGCAUCAUCGUCCGUUCGGCUUUCCGCAUCGUCGAGUACGCUGAAGGGUACUACGGGUACCUCGCGACGCACGAAAGCUACUUCUACCUCCUCGACGCCCUCCCCCUCUGGCUCGCCAUGUCGCUCUACUGCUACUUCUACCCCGCGCGCUUCAUCGACGGCGCGAGGUCGCACUCGCUCGCCGCAGUCAGCAGCUCGAGCUCUGAUGGCGCGCAUGCGUACUUGCAGAGGCCUUACGACGUCGUCGAGAAGGGCUCGCCUGGGGUGUACAGGAUGAACCAGUUUAGGUCGUAG